ACCUAAACGUGAAAAGUAAAAACUUUAAAAAAUCUAAAUACGUAGAACAGCAAACAGCAACCUUUAAAAUCGCCGAAGAAAAAUUGUUCCAAUAUUCUAGAACAACAGUGUCAUCAUCAUCGAGUGGCAGCGUCGAAGUUGCAGUAAAUUACAAUGGAGGAGCCCGAAAGAAAGAGCGAACCAGUACUGCCAUGGAUGCGACAGCCAGUGGAGGUUGAUUCAUGUGAAGAAUCACCAUUAGAGCUGGUCCCUUGCCUGGACCCUCGGCUAGAAAAUGCUUUGCGGAAUAUUGGAGUGAAAACACUAUUUCCUGUACAAGUGGCAGUUUGGCAAGAGACAAUUGGACCUGGUGCUGCAGAACGGGAUCUAUGUAUUUGUACACCAACAGGAAGUGGGAAGACUCUAGCAUAUGCAUUGCCUAUUGUUCAGAUGCUUUCAACACGCACUUUGCAGCGUCUUCGAGCUCUAGUUGUACUUCCUACUCGUGACCUUGCAAUCCAGGUAAAGGCAGUCUUUGAUGCAAUUGCACCAGCAGUGGGUUUAUCAGUAGGCUUGUCUAUUGGACAGAAUCCAGUUGCAGCUGAUGCUGCUCAAAUUGUUAGACAUCCUAGGAAUUUCUUGGGAAUGUUCGGUGAGUCUGAGGAUAUGGAUAAAAAUUCUAUCAUGUCUGUAGAUGUGCUAGUUGCUACACCUGGAAAGCUGAUGGAUCAUAUUUCGGGUACAAAGGGGUUCACUUUAGAAUAUCUUCGCUAUUUGGUGGUUGAUGAAACUGAUAGGCUACUUAGGGAAGCAUAUCAAGAUUGGCUUCCUAAUGUACUUAGUGCAACAAAAUCAAAUGGCCAUAGAGACAUUCGUACAAGUCUAGGUUCCAUAACAACCCUUAGAAGAGCUGGCGUGGAAAGAGGAUUCAAGGAUAAAACUUAUCCUAGAGUUAUGAAGAUGAUUUUAUCUGCUACACUGACUAGAGAUCCUAGCAAACUUGCUCAGCUUGCUCUCCAUCAGCCCUUGUUCUUGUCUUUAAGCAGUGCUAAAAAACGCUACAUCCUUCCUGAACAACUUGAAAAUUACAUAGUGACUUGUGAGUCAAAGCUGAAACCUCUGUAUUUACUAGCCUUGCUACAGUGCUUGCAAGGGGAGCAAACGGUUGUUUUCACGUCUUCUGUGGUUUCUACCCAUAGGUUAAGCACACUACUUAACUGUUUUGAGGGCUUGUCAUUUAGGAUCACGGAGUUUUCACGAGAAUACCAUCAAUCCUUACGAAGUAAAGUGUUGAACUCAUUCAGAGAGGGAAAUGUGCAAGUGCUUGUUGCUUCUGAUGUCUUUACCCGUGGGAUGGAUGUGGAAGGUGUGAUGAAUGUGGUCAAUUAUGACAUGCCUAAGUUUACAAAGACAUAUGUUCACCGUGCUGGUCGUACUGCCAGGGCAGGGCGCUCAGGACGCUGUUUUACCUUAUUGCUGAGGGAGGAGAUCAAACGCUUCAACAAGCUUUUAAGUAAAGCUGAUAAUAAUAAUUACAGCACUUACAAACUACCAGAAAAAUCAAUAGAAGAACUUCAUCCUUUCUAUUUUGCAGCAUUGGGAAAAUUGAAAGAAAUUGUGGAAUCUGAAACAACUGGACGUGACUAUUCUUCACACUUGAUCGCAAGUAAAGCUGAAGAAUGGAUUAACAAUGUAGAUGACAGAACUAUGUAAUGUAAAAUCUGCAGUUUAGAAUGUCAUGCUAACAGGAUACUAAUUUCUUACGUCUAUGACAAAGACAUAUUAAGGUUUCCUGAAAUGCAUUGCGUAUUAGCAGCCAAUCUAGCUUGAAUAUUUAAAAAGUGGUACACUGUUCACUACCUCUGCAUAUUUGGAAUAUUUUAUUGUCUCUUGAAUAUGGUCUUCAAAGAAAACGAAUCCAUAGAACUGCAAGAUAUUUCAAUAACGGUAAUUGGUUGGUUCAAGUUUUUAAAUGGUUUACUUACCCUAGGUGGAGAUUUUAGUGUAACUACAUCCAAAGCUGAAGUACUAACUACAAUGGAGCAAACUUGUUUUGUAGCUUCUUUAUGGAAACCACACUGAAGGGUUUAGCAAAGAUUCAGGCUAAAAGAGGAAAAUAAAAAUCUAUUUUCCAUGGGGAUGCAUCUCCACCUCUCAGCCAUGCAUCCCCAUCCCCACUGCUGUCAUCUGGACACAUGGAGAACAGGGGAUGAUGACAGGCUGUCCCUGUGCUUCAAGGAAAUUGAGGACGUCUCUUAAUUUUUUAAUAAAAACAUUUUUUUAACAAAAAACAGAGAAAAAGUAGAGUAUUCUUUGGUUUAUUUAAUUCUAUUUUUAACUUGGAAAAUGGUGACCUUAUGUUCAUCAAGUGCAUAAUUUGGAUUGUUUGGUAGUA